UGCCUCCCUCAUCCGCCUCCACAGGAGAGAGAGAGAGCGAGAGAGGAGAGGAGGCAUGCAGGAGAGUGCGGCUGAACGUGAACGACAUGUCGACAGUCAGCCUGUAAAAGUCUUCUCCCGGUCGUUCCCUGAUUCUUUGGCGGAGGACUGAUGAGGGGCCGACGCCGGGCCGCCGCCGCGGGCUGCUGAGCUGAGCCGAGCCGAGGCGGGAGAAGCAGCGCGCAGAGGAUGCAGUGGGUCACCCUGGCCGUGGCCCUGGGGUGCGCGGCGGCGGCGGGCCUGGCCCGGGCGUCGCACGGAAGCCCCACCCCUACCCCCACCUCCACGCACACCCCCCUGGUGGACAACUCCGAGGAGGAGGUGGACGAGCCCUGCUUCGAGCCGUGCACGUGCGAGGUCAAAGAAGGCGUGCUGCACGUGCACUGCGAUGGGCGGGGCUUCACCAACGGCAGCCAGGUGUCACAGUCGUGGGUUCGCCCUUUCAAACUCAACCUCCAGAGGAAUUCGCUGAGGCGUCUCUAUAGCAACGGGUUCCAGCACCUUGGCAACGCCGUGUCGAUCAACCUGGGCAACAACGCUCUGCAGGACAUCCGGGUGGGCGCCUUCCACGGCUUGGCCAAGCUGCGACGCCUCUACCUUCACGAGAACAAGCUGGAGGUUUUCAGAAAUGACACCUUUGCCGGAUUGGAGGCUCUGGAGUACCUCCAGGCCGACUACAACGUGAUUAAACGCAUCGACAGCGGCGCUCUGAGGUUCCUGUACAAGCUGCGGGUUCUCAUCCUCAAUGACAACCUGAUCCCCUUCUUGCCUGCGCAUCUCUUCAGAUCUGUGUCGCUGACUCAUCUGGACCUGCGGGGAAACCGUCUAAAGAGUCUGGCAUAUGCCGGGACCCUGGAAUACGUGGGUCGCUCCCUCAUGGAGAUCCAGCUGGAGGAGAAUCCCUGGAACUGCGGCUGCGAGGCGGUGCAGCUGCAGCAGUGGCUGGGUCAGAUCCCCUACACGGCUGUGGUGGGGGACGUUACCUGCGAGUAUCCCUUCCAUCUUCACGGCAAGGACUUGAGGGAGAUCCCCCGCAAGGAGCUUUGCACCGAGCUCCCGGAUAAAGACUUGCAAGCCGAAGGCGGUAGAGCCUCUGGGGGCACGCAGCCUCAACACCUACCCCCUAAUUCCAAGCCCAACCCUCACCCGGGGCGGGUGAGACCGACCAAACCUUCCUCCAUGGUGCACGGCUCCCGUCAGAACACGCACACCUCCUCCACGUCCUCGUCCUCUUCCGCCGAACGCAGGGACCGGGAAAAGCCGCCGCGGCCGACCAAGAGGCCUCGCCCCUCCAGGACGUCGCCCACGUCCCGCAGCCCCAACCAGAAUCCUCCCGUGGCGGGCUACCAGACCAGGCCGCCCAUUCCCAUCAUCUGCCCGCUGGGCUGCACGUGUAACCUGCACAUCACCGACCUGGGCCUGACCGUCAACUGCAAGGAGAACGGCUUCCUCAACGUGUCGCAGUUGACGCCGCGACCGCUCAACGGACGCAAGCUGUACCUGAGCGGGAACUUGAUCCAGAGAAUCUACCGCACCGACUUCUGGAACUUUUCCAGCCUGGACCUGCUGCACUUGGGGAGCAAUCGCAUCUCCUACCUGCAGGAGGGGGCCUUCUCCAGCCUGACCAACCUGAGGAGCCUGUACCUGAACGGGAACAACCUGGAGAGGCUCAGCCCCGACAUGUUCCUGGGGCUGCAGAAUCUCAGGUACCUUUACUUUGAGUACAACGAGAUCCGAGAGAUGGAUCGGGGCACCUUGGCCUCCAUGCCUUCCCUCCAGCUCUUGUUCCUAAACGCCAACCUCUUAAGGAGUCUUCCUCUGGGCGUGUUUUCCGGAGUGAACCUGGCUCGCCUCAACCUGAGAAACAACCACUUGCUGCAGCUCCCCAUGGAAGGUGUACUGGAGCAUCUCACUGGCUUGGUGCAGGUGGACCUGCAGCAGAAUCCGUGGGAGUGCAACUGUGAAGCAGCGCCCCUCAAGCGCUGGCUGGAGGGCCUCAGCGCUGUGGUGGUGAUGGGCGAGGUGGUGUGCCACUCCCCAGAAAAAAACAAAGGCGUGGACCUGCGCUCACUCUCCAUGGAGCUGCUGUGCCCGGAGCUGAAGCCGCAGGAGGACCGCGAGCAGCGAGCGGCCACCUCAUCCGCACCCGACGGCGGCUUGGCGCUCGGCCACCCCGACCCGGAGCCGGGUCCCCUGAACCCACCCGGGAAGGACUCCAUACCGCUCUCGGUUCUGGUUCUCAGCCUUCUGGUUCUGUUCGUGUCGGCAUUCUUCGCGGGGGCGGCGCUCAUCGCGUACACUCUUCGGCGGCGCGACAAGUUGCCGUUCCGUCGCCAGGGCGAGGUGGACCUGGCCGGCAUCCAAAUGGAGUGUGGGAUCUUCUCUGAAGGGACGCACCACCACCAUCACCACCACCACCACCACCACGGCCUGACCGAGGCGCCGCCCCAACAUAACCACGUCUACGACACCAUCUCGGUGCCCAAAAGCCCCGACCCCGAGGAGCAGAAAGGCAGGGUGUCCGGCGGGUACCGCUCAGCGGCCGAAAAAGACCGUGAAUGGACCCUCCAGGUGACUUCGUCACCCAUCAGCACCGUGGCCGGGGCCAUGGGACCGCUUGCGCCGGGCCUCCAUGAGAACGGCAUCCUGUGCCCCACUGUCAUCGACAGCCAGGGCCCCACGCCCAAGGUAGAAUUGGUGGACUGCCUCUUCAGACUUCCCGCCCUGGAGUUCCGGGACCUGCCGGACAGGUACGCCAGGCCGCCGCCCCGCUACCCUCACCCGCAGGACACCCAGCUGCAGGACGCCGCCUCCUCCGGCGAGCUCCAGACGCUGGCGGCUGCCACGGCCUCCGCCGGGGGCGAGCAGGGAAGCGAUCAGGGCGCUCGGUUGAUGACCACGCCGGACUACAUGGAAGUAUUGGACCGCUCGUACCAGUUUUAGCUGCCUACCCCCUCUCUGGAGGUCCUGUACAGAUGCUGGUGAGGAGCCCCGGCGGGGGAUUGCGCUACAAACUAUUCCUGGAUAACAAGCUGGGUCACUUUAUUUGCCCCGCGUACUACUCGUUUCGGCGAGGAUUACCGGUUUCACGGAUCUCCGCCCGGAGGGAUGACUCGAGCUACGCUUUGGUUGCGGGGGCGUUGAAAGGUUUUCAUGCCAGUGGCGGCACUUCGCAACAUCAAAAGCGGGAGAGUCGGGUGAGGGGGGGGGGGGGGGGGACAAAAUAAAAACUGC